CUCUCCGCUCCGCUGCGCCACCCCGCGCGCUCCGCCACAGAAGCUGCGACGCCGCCUCCUCCCGCCGCGCGCGCGCACAUGCCGCCGCUCCACGCCGUCUCCCCCGCGGCGGCGGCCGCACCGCCGCGCGCGCACUCCGCCGCUCGCGUCCCGCAGCGCCCAGGUUGUGCCCCAGAGCGGCCAACCAUUUUGAGCUCCUCCACAAACUUCAUGAGUAUCCGUGCUGGACCGAUGCGCUUCUGUACCACACCUCUUGUUCUUCAAAACUCGGACAAGAGAGCAGUGCUGAGGCAUGCCACUAUCGAAGAAAUUGAGGCAGAAAAAUCUGUUAUUGAAGACCAAGCUAGAGAGAGGAUGGAGAAGGCGAUUGAAACAGUCCAAAAUAACUUCAAUACUGUAAGGACAGGACGAGCAAACCCAGCUAUGCUUGACAGGAUUGAGGUUGAGUACUAUGGAACUCCAGUGAGCUUGAAGAGCAUCGCUCAGAUAAACAAUCCAGAUGCAACUUCUCUUCUCAUCCAGCCAUAUGACAAAUCUUCCCUCAAGCUCAUCGAGAAAACAAUAGUUGCUGCUAAUCUGGGGGUUACACCAAGCAAUGAUGGAGAAGUGAUUCGAGUAACUGUCCCGCCAUUGACAUCUGAUCGCAGAAAGGAAUUGGCAAAAACUGUUGCUAAAUUAGCUGAAGAAGGCAAGGUUGCUAUAAGGAACAUAAGAAGAGAUGCAAUCAAAGCUUAUGAUAAGCUUGAGAAGGAAAAGAAACUUUCUGAAGAUAACGUGAAAGAUUUAUCGGCUGAUCUACAAAAAGUCACAGACGAGUACAUGAAAAAGAUCGAAGCUAUCCAAAAGCAGAAGGAACAGGAACUCAUGAAAAUUUAGGCCGCAGGUUAAUCUUCAAACCGGUGAGUACAUCUGCGAAGUGUAGAUGAAGUCGAAGAAAACAAGGUCCUCAGCUAACACGGUGAAUUGUGCGGUCACAUGUUUCUUGAACCUUUUCCGUCUUAUCGAUGGCCGGCACUUCGAGUCUCCCUGAAAGACUGAAACUGAGGAAUGGAUGCAAUUUCAGACAAAGUUGCGUGCCCCCUCAUUUACAUUUUUGUAAUUAGUAUGCUCCGUAUAAAUGUAGGCCUUGACCCAUCCUUGUGCUACCGAUAAUGCAUUGUCAAUAUUCCUCACGUGAAUCAAAAUGCUACAGUUGUGAAUUGUCGCCA